GGAAAGUAUCAAAGCGCUACUCCAAUAACUAUGAAUAAGUAACUGGACACGCAAAAAAAUUCAUAACAAUUCUCUAACUAAAACAAAUUCUAUUCGAACUGGAAGAAAUCAAUGGGAGAAAGGGAGAAGCACACGCACAAACACACACAGAGAGAGAAAGAGAAAGAGACAGACGUUACGUUGAUAAAUAGACGGGAAGGAAGAAAAAGCGGGUUUUAUGCGCUUUGUUCUUUUAUAACCGGAACACACACUAGUACUGUCUGCAAGCUGCUGUGUGCCUUUUUUCUUCUUGUUGGUCUACGAUUCGUAAUUUCAAUAGCAAACUUUAGGGCAAAAAUCAAAAAAGUAAAGAAGAGAAAAAGAAAGAGAGAGAGAGAAGGAAAAAGUAAAGGAAGGCAAGCAGAAGAAAGAAAAGAGCAGCAAACAAGGAGAAACGAUCCAUAAAAAAGGGACCCUAUCCCUCCCCUCUUCGUUCCCUCCAAAAAAUAAAUAAAAAAAAGCAUCCAAUCCCCCAAGCAUCUGCUUAGCUGUUCAUCACCCUCAAUAAAUA